AUGGCCGCGAAGGAUUAUGACCAUUUAUUCAAGCUCCUAAUCAUUGGGGAUAGCGGUAAGCAUUACUUUUACUGUGACCUUAGACUGAACCGGGGAGAUUUGUGCUGCGACAGUUUUCGGGUGUUGAAAAAUUACUUAUCUUCUUGACACACAUAAAAGGUUUGCGAAGCUCUGAUCAAGCUUCUUUUGAAUGCUUAAGACGCACAGCAACGGCUUCUCUUUCUCUGUGCGUCGCUGAGAAUGUUAACACGACUGCCGGCUUGCGAUCGAUUAGCCAGGACAGUGUAAACAAACGUGCAUGUGUCUGAUCUGUUCGGCCGCACAUCGUACAAUAACUUAACGUGAAAAUAAUCGAUUUAUCGCAGUUGCUCCUCAAACAAUCUUGGGCUUCAUAUCACUAAAAAUUGUCCUGUUUUUUUUCAGGCCUAGUUCACACUGUCCUGGGUUUUAAAAGGACUCUUGCCAAUUUUUAUUUUUGAGUCCUCUAAAUAAGCUCAAUUAAUUAGAAAUGUUUUGUCGGCAAAUAUUCAAGCUGUUGUACGAUGACCCUAACGUUUUUCUUAAAAGCAAAUUAGUUUUAUGACCAUUAUUAUCCACUUCAUUUAGCCAUUGAGUUCCUAAGAGUAUUCACAAUCACGAUUCUCAAGAAAAUACAACUUUUUUUGAUCAGGAGAAAUAAAUAAGCUUACACCACCAUGCAAAGGGGUUUCAUUAAUUUGAUUGGUCACACUGGGUGACCUGUCCACAGACUUAAGCUUUCAAAAAAAAGUAAAAAAAUAAAAAUGCACUUUAUUUGAGUGUCAAGGUAUUUAGCAAGAAAGUACUAAUUGGAGACACUAAUUUUAGUCUCCAACUGGAGAUGGGACCGCCAUUUUUACGUGGUCAUCCAAACCAUGUGAAGGUCAAGCCACUUGCAGUGCAAAGGGAGUAUCUUCAUUUCUCAGUUAUUUUAAGACCCUGAGUGUUGGUCUGGCCCUGGGAAUCGAACCUGCGACCUCCCGCUCUACAAUCAAGGGCUCUACUGACUGAGCCAAUCCUGCUGCCGUUAAAACAAUAUACCAUGUUAAUGUACACAUCUCUGUGAAGGCUACAUUUAAGUGCUUCUUUUAAGAUGUUUCGAUACAGUUUUUUCGAGGGCCAAAGAAAGUGAAAGUAUUGACAAUGCUUUACAUCAAAAGAUGCAAUAAAAUUCAUGGGGUCACGGAGGUAUAAAUGGUGAGCAUUAAUUUGGAAAACUUAGCAUAGUUUCAAAACAGUAAAUUGUUGUAGCAAGGAUUUUCGGUUGGUUCGUAGGCUAGGCUCAUCUUGAAAUUUCAAGGUAUUGUAGUUUUUAUCUCAGGUUCCUUUGUUUUUGGGUAUGGUAAUGUAUGCUAAUGAAGUUGAAACAAAGGAAAAAUAAAAAUUACCUGUGAUAAAAAAUUAACUACAACUUAUACAUCGUGAAGAUUAUGUGACAAGGUUUGAAAAGAAUUCUUUCAAGCUAUUCCAGAGAUAUAAAGAAAAUUGCUAAAAGUCAAAUUUCAAGUAAAGUCGCACUUAGAUAGGUGGUUAGAAAACAGGUUCGUUUUUAGGAUAACAAGACACAAAAUACACCAAACUUUCCAAGCAGUGAAAAAUGAUAUUAAGCAUUUAAUGCUACUUGAGAUUAAUUUGAGUUAUAUAGAAAUAUCAGGUUUAAAAUAUAUUUAGGUUUAAUUUUAAUUCAAACAUACAGAAUUUUUUGUUUUUCGUGGAGGUUAUAUGCUAAACACCACACUUAAAGUUCCUAGGGUUGGAUUUUCAGUAGCAGGUCUAGAUCGCGCAAAAUUUGGCUUUUAUUGAUUUCAAUUUUUUUGUUUAUUGUUGUCAUAGUGAUAUCAACUUUACUAAAAACUGUAUGUUGACAAACUUCAAUUCAUAGUUAGUCACUGGUGAAAAUUUUAUGGCGAUUGGACAAGAUAAAAUCACUCUUAAAGCGACCAAAAAAUAUCGGUAUGACCUCCAAAAAACCGUAUCAAAACACCUUAAGUAGCCACAUAACACGAAAUGUUCAUUUUGUUUACUGGUGUUUUUAUUAAACUUAACUUUCAUUAGCUUCAUUGUAAUCAGUUAGACAGGGGUCAGACGCCUCACUUUGCAUGGGGUGAACCAAACUGCAAUUUGGGUUUGACCUGAAUAUAUGAGUUUUCAAGUUGCCAGCUAUAUGCAAUAUGCAAUAUGUCAUUUCCAGGUUCCAAAAACUCUCACUCUCAAAACGAGGCUCAAAGAAAUCAUUUCCAUUGCAAUAGCUUACCACCUGGCCUCAAUUUGAAACAGAGGCUUGGGGCAACUCAAAAAUGGCCUAUUAGCAAUUGGGAAAUGGAACUGGUAUGAAAUUUUUUUGGCUCUAUUUUCCUUUUGUUACCCUGUCUCUGGCCUUUACUGACAGUUACUGAUAGUGCAGGACCUUGAGACUAGAGUUCACUUAUAAUUUUUGAUAGAUAACGUUUUUUUGCUAACAAUAAUUUUAUUUUUCUUCUAAGGUGUGGGAAAGAGCAGUUUGCUUCUUAGAUUUGCAGAUAAUAUGUUCUCAGGUACAGUGUUUGUAACAGAAUUACUAGAUAUACAAUAGAACCAGGCUUGUUUUUCAUGUCCUGUAAAUCACCUUGUAGAUCACCUUGAGUGGCUGUCUCAGUAAAAACUUGAUUUGAGUGACGCAAAUCCUUUGCUAGUCUAAGUAAACAGAUGACAUUUCGCGAUGCCACCACUGGUUUUUCUGCAAAAUGACAUCUGAGUACGACCGCAGAAAUUCCAUACUGAUGACGUGUCACUUCCUAGAUCUGGGUAGUCUUGCGUCAUCAGUAUGGAAUUUCUGUUCUCACCUCUCACACAUCAUUUCACAGAGAAACCAGAUCAUUAUACAUUUCAGGGAAACUGCCGACCUGCCCCUCCCCUAAGCCAACAUUUUGCCCUGAGUGAGAAGUAAUGUUGGUUGAGUGGAUGGGUAGGUGGGCAGUUUCCCAGAGAUGUAUAAUGAACCAGGAAACCAGUAAUAGUGUUGCAAAAUGUCAGCUGUUUUCUGAGGCUAAUCUGGCAUUGUCCCCAGAUUUUUUGACAAUUGGCACAUCUAGUCCAGGUUAAUAUUGAUCUCAAAAGGGAAAUAACUUCUGGGUACCUUUUGUGAUAUAUUUAUAUGUUAUUAAUUUGUAGGAAAUUACAUUACGACCAUUGGGGUGGAUUUUAAGAUAAGAAAGAUAAACGUGGAUGGUGAGAUGGUUAAAUUACAAAUCUGGGAUACAGCAGGCCAAGAAAGAUUUCGUACAAUAACAUCAACGUAAGUUUGACUUAACAGUAGACAAGGACAUUUUUAGGAACUUGUUGCAAAGACGUUGAGUAAUGGUGGCACUUGUUGAGCAAAUUUCUGGCAAUGAAAUAAUGUUGUGGUUACAGUGUGAAGUUUAAUAAUAAUUAUUGUCUUAUUUUACACGUGAAUGAUAAUUAUUAUUCAAGUGUAAAAUAAGUAAUAGAAAAACUGUCCCUUCUAUUAAUAGUAAUAACUAAUGAUAACCAAAGGUUUGUGAGUGCAAGUGAGUGACAAAAGGUCCAAACACACAUCAUCAGAUUGCAUUCUAUGUAUUCAGACUACAGUAUUCUUUUCUAGUGGAAGUCAAAACAAAUGAGCAUCUGUAAUAGCACAACCUUCUUACUUUUAGUAUCCCAAUAAGCUGGAACAAAGCAUUCAGCUAUAAGCUGAUUCUGAGUAAAAAGAUUUCUCGGCUAAAGGUUUGUAUCAUAAAGGCAAAGCUUGAUAAAUGAAUUAUUCAUUUAUUCAAGGUUUCUGUUAUGUCAACAACUCGUGCGUAAAUACCGUACGCCCGCACUCUCCAUGAAGUAUUCUCUAUGAAUACCAUACUUGUAGCAUAGUGGCUCAAGUGCAAUGCUUCGUUUUGUUAUAGUUCAAAAUGAAAUUCAGGUGAAAGAGUUUUCCGGUAAAAAUUGAUUUCCCUUGUGUCCUAGCCUUAAUUUUUCAUGGUUAAGAGUUAUUGGGUUUGGCUGACAAAGGAACUGAAACUCAAACUGGGCUGAAAUCAUUGUCAUCUGAAUUUCAUUUUGGACCACAACACCUCAUUAUGGAGUGGUCCUAGCCAAGUUUAUUGCUUUUGCCACUGCAACCUCUCUCUGGCACACAUAUACAUGUACCCUGUAGCAGUUUACAAAAGCAAAUUUUUGACUGUAUAUUAUAGGUGUUACAUCUUACUAAAUGAGGGGAUGCCUAGAAUCAAGUACUGACCUCCAAUGAACUACCAAAUUUUCCCUCCAAUUUUCAUGACACAUGCUUACAUUUUAAACAGAGAAUUCUGACAUUAGAUUAGUUGUCAUUUAGUAUCCAAUUAUAAAAGAGUAUGAUUUUUUUUUGUCAGGUAUUACCGUGGGACACAUGGUGUUAUUGUAGUAUAUGAUGUGACGAGUGCGGACACAUUUGUGAACGUGAAAAGAUGGUUACAUGAAAUUGAUCAAAAUUGUGAUGAGGUAGUAAGAAUUUUGGGUAAGUAGAUGUUUGGGGCAACGAUAUUGUUUAACUAACAACCUACAUUUACUGUUUCACAAGUUAAANACAGUGUGAAGUUUAAUAAUAAUUAUUGUCUUAUUUUACACGUGAAUGAUAAUUAUUAUUCAAGUGUAAAAUAAGUAAUAGAAAUACUGUCCCUUCUAUUAAUAGUAAUAACUAAUGAUAACCAAAGGUUUGUGAGUGCAAGUGAGUGACAAAAGGUCCAAACACACAUCAUCAGAUUGCAUUCUAUGUAUUCAGACUACAGUAUUCUUUUCUAGUGGAAGUCAAAACAAAUGAGCAUCUGUAAUAGCACAACCUUCUUACUUUUAGUAUCCCAAUAAGCUGGAACAAAGCAUUCAGCUAUAAGCUGAUUCUGAGUAAAAAGAUUUCUCGGCUAAAGGUUUGUAUCAUAAAGGCAAAGCUUGAUAAAUGAAUUAUUCAUUUAUCAAGCUUUGCUGGAAAAUGUAUUGGUCACAGGAUGUGUUAUCUCCAGUGGGUUACAGUCAGACAAAAGAUGUAUAAAAUUUUAUUAUAUACAGUACAUACUGAGAAAUACUCAGCAAAAAGCUAUGUCGUAAAUUUUCAUACGCAAUUGAGUUCUAGCCAAUCAGAGGAACGAAGGUGGUUUUUACACAUGAAAAAAAAAAGAUACUUCCAAUAAGAAUCGUGAACGAUGUUUUUUCACAUGUGAGAAAAAUGAUAUGUCUAAUCAGAAGCCAUGAGUUUUGCGGCAAAAUUCCUGCCAUUUAUAGGUGCUUGCAGCUUCGCAGACAUUCAAUGAGAAAAGUUUUUUUCAAAGAAUUUUUGUUCUAAAAAAGUGAAAAACAUCCUGGAAAUUGGAGUGGAAUAGUUUUGUUUGUUUCAUUGUCGAUGAAGAAAACUGUAGGGAGCCGGGCGGCAAAACAACAUCGGAAAGGGAGAAAAUAAACAGGACGUAAGCUUAAGUUGUGCUUUUUGUCAGAGCUAAUUUGUCUUCUACUUAUAUUCAAACCGGCCAUUUUACUUAAAUUCAUUCAUUUUCAAUUGUACAUUGAGAACAAACAGUUAAGGUUACUUGUAGUUCUUGGAUUGCCUCAUAUCCUUACCCUCAUUAUAUUUUUAAACCUUUUUACUAAUCGGCUGAUACUUCGAUUUCAUUGUCAUUUCGCAGUGUGUAGUGGCAAAUUUUAGCAUUUUGGAAAGAUUUGAAAUAAAAAAGCCCCCAAAAUUAUGACUGUCUCAGUGUGUAUAUAAUAAACACAAUACCACAUGGAAGUGCUUUGUAUGGUAUUUGCACACUUGUUUUUGUAUCAGAAAUUUCGCUCAAUUGCUGCACUCACUCGUCUGGUUUCUGUUAUGUCAACAACUCGUGCGUAAAUACCGUACGCCUGCACUCUCCAUGAAGUAUUCUCUAUGAAUACCAUACUUGUAGCAUAGUGGCUCAAGUGCAAUGCUUCGUUUUGUUAUAGUUCAAAAUGAAAUUCAGGUGAAAGAGUUUUCUGGUAAAAAUUGAUUUCCCUUGUGUCCUAGCCUUAAUUUUUCAUGGUUAAGAGUUAUUGGGUUUGGCUGACAAAGGAACUGAAACUCAAACUGGGCUGAAAUCAUUGUCAUCUGAAUUUCAUUUUGGACCACAACACCUCAUUAUGGAGUGGUCCUAGCCAAGUUUAUUGCUUUUGCCACUGCAACCUCUCUCUGACACACAUAUACAUGUACCCUGUAGCAGUUUACAAAAGCAAAUUUUUGACUGUAUAUUAUAGGUGUUACAUCUUACUAAAUGAGGGGAUGCCUAGAAUCAAGUACUGACCUCCAAUGAACUACCAAAUUUUCCCUCCAAUUUUCAUGACACAUGCUUACAUUUUAAACAGAGAAUUCUGACAUUAGAUUAGUUGUCAUUUAGUAUCCAAUUAUAAAAGAGUAUGAUUUUUUUUUGUCAGGUAUUACCGUGGGACACAUGGUGUUAUUGUAGUAUAUGAUGUGACGAGUGCGGACACAUUUGUGAACGUGAAAAGAUGGUUACAUGAAAUUGAUCAAAAUUGUGAUGAGGUAGUAAGAAUUUUGGGUAAGUAGAUGUUUGGGGCAAUGAUAUUGUUUAACUAACAACCUACAUUUACUGUUUCACAAGUUAAAGGCCUUCAAUCAAUCAAUCAAUUUUAUUUAAUCACGUAACACCUAGGAGCUCACAUGUUCUUGUUGUACGUGUAUAGUAAAGUAAAUGUAACAGAAUAAAAGCUUUCAUAACAAUUUCCAUAAACAGUAUUCGUUAUACGAAGAUGGAAAGUAUGUGUGUAAUCAAAUGGUAAUGGGCACUUAAUGACUGAAUCUUUCCAAACAAGUCAUGAAUGUCUAAAAUGGAUUUCUCUAUGCUUUAGUAGUCUGUUUCAUUAAUUUGGAACUGCCAAAAAUUUUAUUAUGUGUUUGGAUGUUUUAGGGGAACUUUGGCCAUCUUGAAAGUUUUAGCUAUCCCUGUGGUUCUUGUCGAAACUGCAAGGACACGGAGUCGCCAUAUUUCCAUUAGAAAAUAUUAGAAGACAAUUUUCCUUUAUAUCAAAAUUUUUAGUUGACCUUUUUGUACCAAUAAUUGCCAGUUCUUGGGUAUAAAAUGUGAAAAAUCCAACUCCGAAAAUCGUAGGGAAGCUAAUUGAAAAAAUUCCAAAUAUCUUAGAUGAAUAGAAAUGUUAUCCAGAAAUGCUUAGCUUUACUUUUAGUAUAGAAAUUUCUAGGCUAUAUUUGCUCCUUCAAACAGAUAUUUUGCAGAAAACUGUCGUUGGGCACCCCUGGAAUAAUUUCACGCGCAUUUUGUCCAAAUUCUAAUAAUUUCCAGAGUCUUUAGGCUUGAGCUUGUCCAGUUAUUUGUUAGUCAUUUUCUGUCACUCACCACCCAUUACCAUAUCAUUUAGAGCACCAUGGCAUCCAUCUCAGAAAGAGGUGAUUGUAUAAAAUUGACACUCGCAUGCCACAGUCAAUUGUACAUUGACUGUAUAUGAAGGUGAUUGUCCGUAACCUUAAAGAAACCUUUAAAUUGUACAUUUUUAGGUUUUGUAAAGGCAGAGCUGUUUACCUAUAUGUAGAGAUCAGAGCUCUGCCAAUGAUGAUGAUAAUGGUAUUACUUUUAGUUACCAUUAGGGAAUGUUGCCUAUUGAAAAAGUGUUGGCCAUAAAAUUGUGGGUCCCAUGAAUAUUUAUGCGCACACGAAAUGAUGCGGACCCAUGUUGUGUCCUUUGACUCUCUGAGUGAAGUGUUAGCUUAUUGUUUCCAUGAUAGAGACUGAUUCUUUGAAAUAACUUUGCAUACUGACAAAAACAUUAUUGUUUUUGUCAGUAUACAAAAUAAUUAUCUAUCCUUUCCAUCACACUGAAAUAUCCUUACUUUUGUCCAAUAUGCUUUGUUUCAUUUUGUCCAAUUUUUAUGAAAGCAUAAUUCUUUCAUGUGAAUUUUCGCUUUCAGAAGGAAAAAACUUGAAAGAAACUUUGCGUUUUCAACCACAGCGAUAUGUGUCUAUUUUGCUUCACUUACUUAUAUGCAAAUUACCCUUCAUCGGUGAAUUUUGCUGGAGACAAAAACGUCGCCUUUGAUUUCUCACAUGCUCGCCUUUUUGGGCACCCUGUUUAUUUCGAAAUAUUUUGAGCUUCACUUCAGACUUUUUAUUCCAACUUUUUAAUGCAGGAAAGAUAUGAGAAAUGCUGCAACUGAAUUAAGUCACGCAUCAUGUUUUAAGACAGCGUAACUUGAUCUUUCUGGUAUCUUUUGUUCUUCUGUUGUCUCCAAAACAAUCAAAAUGUCUCACCAGUUUCCACCUACAAUUAAUAGGAGGCAUUUGAUUGACACAAAAUUUGCGUUUAACAUUGACAAGUUUCAAUAAGCGCAGUUCUGUAAUGCAUUGAUGAUAAUAUUACAGUCAAACCAGGAAAACUGUGAACACCAGAAUUAUUUGGAAUGUUAUUGUGUUGCAAGAAAAAAGCCAAUCAGGCAUGAGAAAACUGAACCACAAGCAAGAACGUUUUUGUGGUUUUGUGGCCAUUUCGCAUGUCCUGAUCUUUGCUGUGAUUGGUGAUAACACAAUAAACAUUCCUGAGAUUCCUUGUCACACUGUAAUGAUGUUAAUAAUAUAUGAUUAAGUAUAAUACAUUAUUAUACGGUUAAUUUCAUGAAAAUACCUGUGACUGACAUUUUCUGAUUGAAUUCUCUAUGUCAUAUACAGUUGGUAACAAAGAUGAUGAUCCAGACAGAAAAGUUGUUGAAAGAGAGGAUGCAAUGAAGUUUGCAGAACAAAUGGGAAUUCAGGUGUUUGAAACAAGUGCAAAAGACAAUAAAAAUGUGGAAGAGGUAUGUACUUGAAAGAGCUGGAAAUCAUUGAUGUGGAAUAGCUUGAGAACAUACCUUCCAGGGUUAUUUAUUCAUUAUUUUGAUGUUUAUGUGGUGACAGAUCAUUUUUGAAUUUGUGAUUAGAUGUUAGAGGUCAAAAUUAAAUUCAGGUUAGAAUUUUUAAACCAAGGUUGAUUCUCAAUUUCCUUUGCCUUGGCUUGGAUACAAAGGAAAUUGAGAAACAACCUAGGUUAAGAAAUUUUAACCUGAAUUGGGAAGAGAAGUCGUGACGGCACAAGAACUAAAUUAUUGUGGAAUUAUGGGAUAAGUUGGCAUAUCUAGAAAGAACAAGAUGAAAAAUGUCCACUUACUAAAAGGCAGCCUGUUAUUGCAAAUUGGUGGAGAGAUGUAAACAAGGACUGUUAUGUGCUGAUGACUCCAUAUUAUAAAUCCAGAAUGGCAGUUACAAUUAAUGUGCUUUCUUCUUUUCACUUGAAUUUAAUGCAAAAAAAUUUAAUUUGUAAAAUGUGAAUUAGAACUUUGGAAAAGAAGAGCAUUAUUGAAAACUUUGGCCUUCUUGUUUUGCAGGUAUUCAAUGCAAUAACGCACAUGGUUCUUAAGCAAAAGAAAGACAAACUAGCAAAAGCAAAUGAACAGUCUGGAGUUAUAAAGGUUAAAAAGGACAAACAAAAAAGAAGAGGAAAAUUCUGUUGA